AUGGUCCGCGCCAUCAAUCUCCGCCUAGCCCUCCAGGCCACCGCCAUCAAAGUCUCGGCCAACCUCGUCACCCAGCUCAUCAUCCACCUCAGGGCUCCAGGCGGCCACUCACCCUUCGAUGAGCAGCAGGUUAUCGAGUUCGCCAUCUACGGCUUUGUCGGCUCUCAGGUCGGCAAUGUUAUCCAAUUCAUCCUCGAGGAUUGCUUCCCGACUGGUCACGCGAUGAGGGCCAAUGAAGUCUUGCCUCAGGUACAGGGCGACGUCAUGCAAGUAUUAGAGAAAAAGGAUGACGACAAGAAAGACAAGAAGAAACCCUGGUUCAGCAUCAGCCCUGAUCUUAUCUGGCGCAAUGUCGUGGCCAAGUUGAUUCUCGAUCAAACUAUCGGUCUGGCCAUCAGCGGCAGCGUCUUUCUGAUAUGCACAAACAUCGCCCGCGUGUCGCAUUUUUCUGGGGUUCUCGACGUCCUUGGAGACAGGCUUUGGCCUCUUAUCAAAGCUGGCUGGCACAUCUGGCCGCUGGUAGCCAUCUGCAACUUUCUCUGGGUACCUGUGCGAUCAAGAGUUCUCGUGGCGGUCUGUGUAGGAUUUGGCUGGAGUAUCUUUCUAAGCAUCUUUGCCAUGAAGAAGCAGCAUUGA